AACACCCACCAAACCAAUACAAGAAUUCAACAAAUCUGAGGAUCUAUUUCAAGAUAGCACGACAGAUGGAGUGCGAGAGGCUACACAAGGCGCUUUAUGAUUGCUACCGCCGAGUCCCGGCGGGAACAGGGCGGGAAACGGCGUGUCGGCACCUGAACAGGGCCUUAGCAGAGUGCAUGGUAGCGGUGGUUUGUCCUGAUGAGUCAGAGGCUGUUCGUAGUUUGUGUUCAAGUGGUGGGACCAAACUUAAACGGUCUCAAUGCCAAGAAGCCCAGCUUGCACUUUCUGUCUGUCUCUCUUCACAUCAACAAGAAUGAUUAUAUUUUAUGUAUAAUGAUCAACAAGAAUAGCAAUAACAAUAAUGUUGAAGCAAAACAUUUUUUUUUAA